AUGCCUCUGGGUGAGAGGAAUGAGCUCCGGAAGUUUGAGGAAGACAUUCAGGACCCCAAAGAGGCCCAGCGCCUGGUAGAUGCACAGCUGUAUGGGGCUGAGGAGGACGAGGAGGCCCUGUCUCACUCCUCCUCCCCCUCCUCCUCCCCCUCCCCGUCCUCCUCCUCCAGUUUCCCCUCUUUCUUCUCCUCUUGUUCCUCCCCCUCCUCCUCCUCUUCCUCCCCCUCUUCCUCCUCCUCUUCCUCCUCUUAUUUUGCCCUGCUGUUCUUUGCUACCCCAGAGGAGGGGUCUGCCGCUGGGUCCCCAAGUCCUCCCCAGAGCCCUCCGAGUGCCUGCCCCUCCCCCAGUGCCGCGGCAGCCACCCCCUGGAGCCUGUCUGAAGAUAGCUCCGGCUCAUCCAACGAGGAGGGGCCCGGCCCUGGGCUGGAGCCGGGAGUGGCCCAGCCCCUGCUCCAAACUGCACUCCACAGGAAGGCAGUCCACCUGGUGGCCUUCCUGCUCCUCAAGUAUCGCACCCAGCAGCCGACCAGCCAGGCAGAGAUGCUGGAGAUCGUCGGCGAGGAUGACCAGGACGCCUUCCCCGUGAUCUUGGGCCAAGCCUCCAAGUGCAUGCAGCUGGUCUUUGGCGUGGAUGUGAAGGAAGUGGACCCCGGCGACCACUCCUACAUCCUGGUCCCCGUCCUGGGCCUCACCUGGGAUGGGAUGCUGAGCGGUGAGCAGGGCAUGCCCAAGACCGGCCUCCUGGUGGUGCUCCUGGGGGUGAUCCUCCUGGAGGACGACCAUGCCCCCGAGGAGGAGGUGUGGGAAGCGCUGGGGGUCAUGGGGGUGUAUGCCGGCCAGGAGCACGUCAUCUAUGGGGAGCCCAGGGAGCUCCUCACCAAUGUCUUGGUGCAGGAAGGGUACGUGGAGUACCGGCAGGUGCCCGGCAGCGACCCUGCCCGCUCCGAGUUCCUGUGGGGUCCCAGGGCCCACGCCGAGACCAGCAGGUUGCAAAUGACGGAGUAUUUCCUCCGGCUCGAUCUCGGGCAGCCGGCUUCCUCCCUGGCCGUGUCUGAAGGGGCUGUGAGAGAUGAGGAAGACGGGGCCUGA